AUGACCAAAACUGCCCUGAACAGCUUCUCCCAUAACACCAGCUCCCCUGCCGCGAAAACUCCCAAGAAGCUCACCCUCAUCCCUCUCAUAUUCCUCAUCUACUUUGAGGUUGGGGGGCCAUAUGGAGAAGAGCCUGCAGUUCAAGCUGCAGGACCUUUACUGGCCAUUCUUGGCUUUCUCAUCUUCCCCUUUAUUUGGAGUAUCCCAGAAGCUCUCAUCACAGCUGAGCUCUCCACUACUUUUCCUGGAAAUGGUGGCUUUGUCAUCUGGGCUGAUCGCGCUUUUGGCCCCUUGGGUUCUCUCAUGGGAACAUGGAAGUUCCUCAGUGGAGUUAUCAACAUAGCUGCCUUUCCAGCUCUUUGCAUUGACUAUCUCAAGAAACUCUUCCCCAUCUUUUCAUCAGGCCUGCCAAGACAGUUGGCAAUCUUGAUUUCAACUUUGCUUCUAUCCUUUCUCAACUACACAGGUUUAACUAUAGUUGGAUAUGCAGCUGUUGCUUUAGGCCUGAUUUCACUGGCACCAUUUGUACUAAUGUCCUUGAUAGCAAUCCCACAGAUUCAUCCUCACAGGUGGAUCAGUUUAGGCCAAAAGGGUGUGGAAAAAGAUUGGCGUUUGUUCUUCAAUACAUUGUUUUGGAACCUGAAUUUUUGGGAUAAUGUUAGUACUAUGGCAGGUGAAGUUGAUAAGCCACAGAAGACCUUUCCUCUAGCACUUUUGUGUGCUGUGAUUUUCACUUGUUUGGGCUAUAUUAUUCCUCUUGUAGCUGUUACUGGGGCAAUAUCUGUUGACCAAAAUUUAUGGGAAGCUGGAUUCAUGGCUGAUGCAGCAAAAAUGAUUUCGGGUCAAUGGUUGAAAAUUUGGAUUGAAAUUGGAGCAGUUUUAUCAGCAAUUGGCCUGUUUGAAGCUCAGUUGAGUAGCAGUGCUUAUCAGGUUGAAGGAAUGGCUGAGAUUGGAUUCUUGCCUGAGUUUUGUAAAGUAAGGUCAAAAUGGUUCAAUACACCUUGGCUGGGAAUAUUACUAUCAACUGCUAUUUCACUUGGUAUUUCAUAUAUGAGUUACACAGAUAUCAUAUAUUCAGCAAAUUUCUUGUACAGUUUAGGAAUGCUUUUAGAAUUUCUAUCUUUCCUUUGGUUGAGGAGAAAAUUCCCCACCAUGAAACGGCCUUAUCGGGUUCCCCUGCCACUACCGGCUCUGGUGGUUAUGUGCCUGAUUCCAACAGGAUUUUUAGUGUACAUAAUGGCUAUAGCCUCCAAGACUGUGUAUUUGAUGAGUGGCCUGAUGACAGUUGGUGGGAUUGCUUGGUAUUUGUUGAUGAACUUGUGCAAGGCGAAGAAGUGGUUCAAAUUUAGUGAUGGCUAUGCUGAGGAAGAAUCUUGAAGACAAAGAUGUUUGCAUCUUUUAGUUCAGCAUUUUUUCUUUUCUUUUUUUGGGCAAUGUAGCAAUUAUAGGAAAACAAGUUGAAUGCUUCUCUUGUCUUGUCCCUGUAGGAAUUGAUGGAAUGGUGCGGGGUACAUGCUUCCAAAUGACUUAUUGUCUUGUCAUUAAUUCUAUGUUUUGGAAAAAUUCAUAAUU